UUUCCAUUUCUAUUUCUCUUUAUUUUGCACAUUUUUACGAAUCUUAUGGCGUUUUCUUUUCUCGAAAAAAAUGCCACCUUCUUAUAUGGCAACAUUAUCAGAGUGCAACAUUUUAAAGAAAGAGCACGUAAUUGCAUGUGAAGAUGCUGAUAAAAGAACACAAAAACUUGUCAGCCCUGGCGCAGGGCAGAAUAAAGGCAAUAUUAUUUCGAGAAAAGAAAUCGCUAUUAGUAAACACAAAGCAAAAUGGAUUUUCAUAAAAUAACUACCGAAAUGACUGGCAAGAAAAUAAAAAACGACAACCACACAAGACUACAUUACUGAUUGUUGACAAUAGACCAUUAUAUGCGUAACAGAGUAUUAUCAGCUCAAUAAAUAGCGUUAACAUCGCCAAUUCCGGUAUGGAAAAGAUUUAUGCUCCUUCACAAUUAGAGGCGUAACUACUGACUAUUUCAAGGCUCGAGCUUUGCUUGCAAACGACAUACCAUGAGAUUUUAGUUUACUGUGAACCGCGGUGGGUAACAAAUGACUUUAAGAAGAUUACAAGUGCGCAUUAAAUAAAUAGCUUUUAUCGCGUACGUACACUGCUAUGUUUAUAUAUGUACAUAUUUUUAAGAGCCAUAUUAGAAAUUGUUAAAUACGUUAAAACAAAAAUUGUGAAUUUCGCUUAAAAUAUGUGCGCAAAAGUAGACGUAAUUUGCAUUUCAUUUUCGUUGUUUUGUUAUUUGAUAAACACAAACGCAGUAAAUGUGAUUAAUUACCAGUCUCAACAGUCAGUCAACCAUGUCAAACGACAAGCGAGCGUUUUACAAUCACAACAACAACAACAGUUGCAAAGGUACGAUCAACCUUCACAUCGAACACUAAUACCGUCUAAAGAAUCUAUUUUUCGCCCUAUGGUAAGAUUUCUGAAUGCAACGCCAACACAACAACAAUCACAAGCGAUUGGAGUUAGUUUACCUUUGAAUGGUUUAGCUCGCCUGGACAAUCAACGAAGUAAAACAUUUAUUACACAACAACAUAUCGGUCAGAUUCAACAACAAUAUGCAGCACCGCCAGCUGUAGUAAAUCGAAAUCUACAGCGCAGUCCAUUUCGGCCUCAGCGGUAUGACCCACAAUUUUUUUCACAACUUAGCCAACAGCAAAACUUUAAUCAGCAACGUCAACAAUUAAGACCAGUGCCAUCAUUACCACCAUUACCAAAUCCUCCAACAUUUUCUCAGUAUAGUAAAUACUCACAGCAGCAGGUUUUCACUUUUCCUCAUUAUGUGCGGCUAAACCAAAUAUCGCAGCAACAGAAUCUAUAUCAGACUCAGCAACCACAACAGUCGGUGCAAUCGCAGUUCCAAAAUUUAAACUUUCGUCGACCACAAAUAACCACAGCGACGCAGCAUCAACAAAUCGAACAAUACGAUCAGCCAGUACCUUCACAUAUCCACUCGGGUGUGAGCCUUGGUCGGUUCAAUAGCACAAAUUCUGUGAUCAGUCCGUUGCUCCCAUCGUACGCGGAGGAAGACGAUGCAUUGACGCCAUUCAAUUUUACUCAGCCCUGUCAAAUUUGCUGCAUUGAGGGUCAAAAGCCAUGCCAGCGAUGCUGCGAUUCGCGACCACUUUUAAGUGCAGGUGUUCUGAAGUCAUCAACGGGUUAAAUAUAAAAGUGAAAACGGAAUUUGUACAUUGCGCCUUGUUUUUUAACUUCAACAUAAAAGGCAAGACUGCUCCUAGAUAGCUGCGCGUCUGGUCAUAAAAACGUGUGCUUCUAAAAAGUUUUAAAUCUAAAUAAAAUAAAUGCCUCAGACGCUCGAAAGCUGCGCUAA